AUGGCCAUUUUUCGCUUCGUCGGGACAGCAUCAAGGCCCAUUGCUAAAAGACUGUCCAAAAAGAACGUGAGGGUUGUAUAUAGAAUUAAAGAGUACAGUCCCCUCCUCGACUCCUCUAAUAUGACCCCAGCUGACUGGGAAAAAAUUGCAAAAGACAUUGAGACAAAUUACGAGCAAUGCACUGGUUUUGUCGUCCUGCACGGCACAGACACCAUGGCUUACACUUCUUCUGCCUUAUCCUUCAUGUGUGAGAAUCUGGGAAAGCCUGUCAUCGUCACUGGCUCACAGCUGCCCAUCUAUGAGUUGAGGACUGAUGGGAGAGACAACCUCUUGGUGGCGCUGUUGUUAGCAGGGCGGUCUCCUGUUCAUAGCAGGAUCAUCCCUGAGGUUUGCCUGUUUUUUUGUCAAAAGCUGUACAGGGGCAACCGUGCCACCAAAGUGGACUGUGCAGGCUUUAACGCAUUUACCUCACCAAACCUGUCGCCAUUAGCCGACGUUGAAAUCGACAUCAAAAUUAACUGGGACAUUAUAUUGUGGCCCAGUAAAACAGAAAAAUUCACUGUCGACACACGAUUGAACAGUAAUGUGGGUGUCCUGCGACUCUUCCCAGGAAUCACUGAUGCGACAGUCGAGAAUUUCUUGCAGCCUCCUAUGGCUGGGGUGAUAUUGGAGACUUUCGGCAGCGGUAACGCCCCCGACCGCAAGAGCCUGAUUGAUAUAAUCAAAAAAGCGACAGCGAGAGGAGUCAUCAUGGUCAACUGCACCCAGUGCCUCCGUGGUUCGGUCACAACCGCAUACGCCACUGGCCAGGCUCUGACCAAAGCCGGUGUGAUCGCUGGGUUUGAUAUGACCCCAGAAGCUGCUCUUUCAAAACUCUCCUAUGUGCUGACAAAACAAGACCUCACUCCAGAUAAGAAGAAGGAGAUGAUGCAACGCAGUCUGCGUGGUGAGCUGACAGAUGACAGCAAAAAACCAAAGCUCAGCGACAGUCGCUUUAUUCAGGUCAUCGCCAAGUCUCUCAGCAUUAAGUGUGAUGAGGAGCUUGGACCCGUACGAGAUGCACUAACUCCAACUCUGGUCUGCGUCGCUGCUAAGACCGGAGACAUUGAAGCUUUAGAGGCCCUGAGGGAAAUGGGCUCUGACUUGAUCAUGGCAGACUAUGACGGCCGCACUCCUCUCCACGUCGCUGCAUGUGCGGGACAUGUAAAAGUGGUGGAGUAUCUGCUGAGUAAAGGGGCCUCAGUCUAUGCCAGAGAUCGCUUUGGUGAAACACCACUUCACAGUGCUGUGCACGGCAGGCAUAAGGAUGUUGUGAAGUUGCUGAGGAAGACUGGAGCUCAUUUUUCCCCGGCUGAAAUGGCUGAUGCUGGAACGAAGUUGCACAGUCUUGUGGCGAGUGGCGACUCUGAAGGAUUGGAGAUUUGGCAGUUAGCUGGGGUUGAUCAGAAGUCCACUGGAGUGGCAAGAGCCACUGGAACGGAGUAGACUGAGUGCUUACAACAGGCGGCACAGUACCAAACUCAG